UGUUUUUUUUCAGGGGAGGUAACCAUAUUUCCCGCCAACCAUCUAUUUCACAUCUGCUGCGGAUAAUAUUUUGACACCAUGGCUGCAUUAUGGUUCUGGAAGAUGCAUAUGAUGCAUUUAAAUAGAAAACCACAUUUGUUGAAGAUAGAGUAUGCCCGAUCAAGUAGAUCGCAGUGUAAAUGGUUAUUGGGUUGUGAUAAAAUAGCUGAAGGUGACCUUAGAAUUGGUGUAGUUCAUGAUACUUGGCCUUGGACCCAAUGGUUCCAUUUUGACUGUUUUUGGGGAGAUGACUUUGAAGAAUUUUACAAGAACAAUAGAGGUAAAGUGAUAGGUGUUGCUAUUGAGGAUUUAAUGGAGGGCUACAGAUCUAUAAGCGAGGAUGAUCAGAAAAGGGCAGUUGAAUCUCUGGAAGAAUGGAUUGAUAUUUGUAAAACUUUUCACGGCGGGGAUGAGGAUUAUGGCAAUUCUGUUGCAAUAGGAGUUGAUAAUCAGGCUGGGACAUCCCAAAAUAACGAGAAUGGGAAUAAUAAAAACAAAGAAAAUUUGCCUAACAACCAAAAUGGGAAUAAAACACCAGGAAAUGAUAAUAAUGGGAAUGUCAUAUUAAACAAAGAAAAUUUGCCAAACAACCAAAAUGGGAAUAAAACACCAGGAACUGACAAAAAUGGGAAUGUCAAGAAUAAAGAAAAUGUGCCAAAGGUCCAAAACGGGAAUAAAACUUCUGGGAAGAAAGUGUUGAUCACCAAAAGAGUUGCUGAAACUUCAACUGUAAAUCAAGGGUUGAAAAGGGCAAUUGAUCCUGUUCCAAAAAUACCUGAAAAGAAAAUUAGAAUCCUGAAUUCAUUUGUUGGAUUCCUUUAGAUAUAGAUAAAGAUGUAAGAUUUGGCCUGAAUUAGAAAUAUUAAAAUGUUUUUGAACUAA